ACAACUUCAGUUCAUGUCAGGUUCAGACAAGGCGCGCGGGCAACCCACCGGAAUUCCAAGCUCCAUAUUACCUCCGCAUUUUCUCCCCUUCCGCACCUAAUUCCCGCACCCUAGCGGUCGCUGGGCUCUUGGUGAAGCGACCGACCGGUUUUUGGCGGCAUGUGCGAUUGAAUAAUGUGACAGUGACCAAGAACGACGGCAUCAUGUCUGUCAUUCUGUGCACCGCCGGCUAUGACCACACAAUAAGGUUUUGGGAGGCACUAUCCGGGAUCUGCUCCCGCACGAUACAGCACCCAGACAGCCAGGUCAACCGACUAUGCAUCUCGCCGGACAAGCGCUUCCUCGCCGCGGCCGGCCACCACACGGUCAAGCUCUACGACAUCAAGUCGACCAACCCCAAUGCGCUGCUGACGUUUGAAGGCCACACGGGCAACGUGACGGGCGUCGCCUUCCACUGCGAGGGCAAGUGGAUGGUGACGAGCUCCGAGGACGGCACCGUCAAGAUCUGGGAGACGAGGACGGGGACCAUCCAGCGGAGCUACAACCACCAGAGCCCCGUCAACGACGUCGUCAUCCACCCCAACCAGGGCGAGAUUAUCAGCUGCGACAGGGCCGGGACUAUUCGUCUCUGGGACCUGGCGGAUAACAAAUGCACCAGCGAGAUGGUGCCAGAGGAGGACGUCAGUGUGAGCAGCUUGACUGUUGCCACCGACGGGUCGCUGCUUUGUGCGGCCAAUAACAGGGGCAACGUCUUUGUCUGGACCCUCUCGCAGGGCCUAGAGCGGACCAUCGCAACGGCCAUGACGCAGUUCUCGGCGCACGACCAGUACAUCACUCGCGUGCUCCUGUCGCCCGACGUCAAAAAACUGGCGACGUGCUCGGCCGACCACACGGCCAAGAUCUGGGAGGUGGACGUGGAGCCGACCCUCCAGGCCGGCAAGGCCGUGCCAUUUGAGCUCGAGGCCACGCUGGCAAACCACCAGCGCUGGGUCUGGGACUGUGCCUUCAGCGCAGACUCGGCCUACCUCGUCACCGCCUGCUCAGACCACUACGCCCGACUCUGGGAGCUGCAAAGCCAGGCUAUCAUCAGGACCUACAACGGCCACCACCGCGGCGCCGUCUGCGUUGCCCUAAACGACUACUCAGAGGCUAGGUAGAUGGGGUUUUGGUGAAAAAAAAAAAGAUAUGCCGAGGUAUAUCGAGGAAACGGCGGAGGAACGACGGUGGGGGUUUUCUCUUGUUGCUAUUGCUGCUGCUGAAGCUUACAAGGCGCAGGAGGGUGAGCAAAUUUGGAAACACCUGUUUUAUUCGAGCUUGAGAAUACUUUUUUUUUUUCUUUUUUUUUUUUCAAACAGCUUUUGUCAGGUUACAUGUUCUGACUUUUCAAAAGGGAUU